AUGUCGCAAGACUACCCAGAACGGAUAGGAUCCCAUCAAGAGGAUGAGACUUCCCGUCAGCACCAACAGCGCCAGCAGCAGCAUGUUCGCCAUUCGUCUCAACAGCACCAUCGCCACCAGCACCAACCACAGCAUUCACAACAUCACACAGACUCGGGCAGACCGCAGGAUCGGUACCAGGAUCCCCGCUCAGAACACCCAGUUGAUCAGUACUUCCAUACUUCGAACAUCCCAAAGGCUCCGACAAGCAUACAUAUCCAUCACAGUUCGCCGUCAUCAGCAGCGCAUAAUGCAUUUGCAUCACUCUCCCAACCGCUGCGUCGGUCCUCGCGCCAUCUUCAUUCUCACGGCCAGGAGCACCAUCCACAGCAGCAGCAGCAGCAUUUGUAUACCUCGCAUCCCUCCCGCCACCACUCUAUGACAUCCGACCAUGCAGAGCGCACAUCGGUUUCAUCACAUGCCAACGCAGGCGAACCAUCCUCGUCGAGUCCCUUUGCAGUAUCGAGAACUUCUUCGUCUUCUCGCCUGCCACCCCAUUCCUCCUUCUCCAUAGUAUCGUCGGCGUCCGUCUCUGGAUCAAAGUCAGUCCAUGCUUCAUCGUCGACCUUUGCAGCAGGAGCAGGAUCGGCCGUUCGGCCUGUUCCUGCAGGAUCAACCACAUCGCCUGUCGCAGUGACAACCACACCAUCAGGCGAAAUCAAGACGACGCGCAGGAGACGUCGACCCAACGAGUCCUACUCGACCAUUAUUAUCAAGGCCAUUCGCAACUCUCCCCUCCAGCGACUGAAGCUCUCAGAGAUUUAUGAUUAUGUCAGUCGCGAGAUCCCCACCAUGGAUGGCAACGACAAGGGUUGGCAGAACACGGUUCGCCACAACCUUAGCCACAACAAGUGCUUCCGCCGGAUUGUUAUCAAGGACGAAGACCUGCCCUCAGGAUCGGCCGAUGAUGACGAUGGUGAUUCGAAACCCAGUAACGGGGGAAAGUCCAAGCAGGUCAAGCGUGGCAAGGGAGGAUGUUGGGUCUUGGUUCCCGAGAACCUGGAAGAGCACAUGUCCUCGUCUCGACCCAAGAAAAGCUCAACCGACCAAGUGCACAGUCCUGCGGUACCAGGAAUUGGGAACGGUGGUCUAACUUCGUCAACCAGCCCAAAGAGUCAUGCUCAUCACACUGUUGGCAGUUCAGGAGGCGCUAUCAUACCCAAGGCAAUGACCAGCUCAACAGAAGGAGCAUACUUAUCAGCCCAGUUGCCAAAAGAUUGUGCGCCUUCUCAUCCACAUUCGACCGUGAUGGAUAUCGACUGCAAUGUGGCCUCGAUGAUGAUUGCAGAGCAACAACUACAACAGUCUGGACGCCACCAUGGUCCCCAUAUGCAUCCUUCCCACUAUACUCCUCUUCACCCACACUCUCGUCAAAAUUCUCAGUACUCAUCUCAAUCAGAUCACCGUCAUCCUCACCACCAGCAACAACACCACGACGCUUCGUACCCAUACCUCCCACCUCACUAUCCUUCAUCCUCUCCAUCAUCAUCGACGAUGAUGAUGAACCAACCAACAUCGUCCAGUGCCGCCUAUCAGUCCUUUACUACCACCACACGCCCAAGUCAACACAACUACAACAGCAGUGGAGACGAAUGGGACCAUGACAGUGAGAGUGAUGACGGCCAGAGCGAACACUCUGUUCUAUCGGCCGACCGUGAGAACGACGAUGACGACGAUUAUGAGGGAGAUGAGGCUAUGGACGCGAAGGAGGAGGACGACACCAUCUCGCACUAUUCCUCCUCUCGUCCGUCCCCCUCCCGCUCCCCUUCAGCAUCGACUUUGUCUAUAACCUCGUCGCCUAUGGAAAUCGAAGAGGCGGAUGGUGGGAAUGGCGGAGAGUCGUUUUCGUCCUUACCGACCACCGGUCGUCGUCGUCCUGGCAUGUCGAUCCAAAACAUGCUCAACUAA